ACAAUAGAACAGCAAAAAAUAAAGCUUCUUCUCAGUUUUCCUCAUUCAUCAAAAUACAGAUUAUUCUCUUUCUCUCUCUGCAUAUAUAGCGAUGUGAUCCUUAUAGCUUUUCCUCAUACUCUAAAAAACCCUAAUUAGUUCAUUCAAUUAGGGUUUGUAAAAAUAAUUAACAGAAGAAAGUAUUUAAUACACAUUCAUAUCAUACAUAAACAGAUUACAAAAAAUAAAAAAUAAAAUAAAAAAUUGGCAUAUGCAUAUGUUGAGUAAAUUUAUAGAGUAUUGAAAUUGAGGUUUUUUGGGUAAUGGUUAAUGGUGAUGGGUCGAGAAGUGGUGCCGGUGAUGGAUCCGAGUCAAGUAGUCGGGUUGAAGAAAAAAGGUACCGGGUCACGGAGUUGGCUUCUGAUGGAUGCUUCCGGUUUGGAGACUGUUUUAGAUGUUGAUAAGUAUGCGAUCAUGCAUCGCGUGCAAAUUCACGCUCGUGAUCUUCGCAUUAUCGAUCCGCUACUAUCUUACCCUUCCACUAUUCUGGGGCGUGAAAGAGCUAUUGUUCUCAAUUUGGAGGUGCAUAUCAAGGCUAUUAUUACAUCUGAAGAGGUUCUUCUUCGAGAUCCAUUGGACGAAAAUGUUACUCCUGUUGUUGAGGAACUUAGAAGGCGGCUGAAACCAAUGAAUGCAAAUCGUGAAGAUCAGAGAGAGGAAAAAGAUAUGAAUGUUCAGCAUGAUAUUGAAACAACUGAAGAAGAUGAGUCUCCAUUUGAAUUCCGAGCUCUAGAGGUCGCUUUGGAAGCCAUCUGUAGUUACCUUGCUGCUCGCACAUUAGAAUUGGAAACUGCUGUUUACCCUGCUUUAGACAUGCUAACAUCAAAGAUUAGUAGCCGUAAUCUGGAUAGAGUGCGGAAAUUAAAGAGUCAAAUGACACGGUUGACUGCUCGCGUACAAAAGGUGAGAGAUGAGCUUGAGCAACUUCUGGAUGAUGAUGGUGAUAUGGCUGACCUUUAUUUGUCAAGAAAAUUGGCUGGUGCAUCACCUGUAAGUGGAUCAGGUGCAGCCAGUUGGUUUCUUGCCUCACCUACCAUUGGCUCAAAGAUAUCCAGGGCUAGUAGAGCUAGUAUUGCAACAUUUCGGGGGGAUGAGAAUGAUGUUGAAGAGCUUGAAAUGUUAUUGGAGGCUUACUUCGGGCAAAUUGAUAGCACAUUUAAUAAACUAAUUACGCUACGAGAAUAUAUUGAUAACACAGAAGAUUACAUAAAUAUUCAGCUGGACAAUCAUCGAAAUCAGCUCAUUCAGUUAGAACUUUUUCUCAGUUCCGGAACUGUGUGUUUGUCUAUCUACUCUUUGAUUGCUGCGAUUUUUGGGAUGAACAUCCCAUAUUCUUGGAAUAAAGAUCAUGGUUACAUGUUUAAAUGGGUGGUAAUCAUUAGUGCUAUCUUCUCUGCCGUGCUUUUCAUAUUUAUAAUCUCUUACGCUCGUUUCAAAGGGCUUGUUGGGUCAUGAGGUCUAUCGAGUGAAGGCAGAUGCGAUGGCGGGCAAAAGCUUUUGCCCAUGUCUAAACACAAUGCGGAUACAUUUGAUGGCCCAUCUGAAAGGAACCAUACAGCAUCCAAGCUGUGAAUGGCCAUAAUUUUUUGCAAUAUCAUGACAUUUCUUCACUGUUAUUGGAUAAACAAGCUUGAGAUCUACUGCAGAACUUACUCUGUCAUAUUCUUGUAGUAUAUGAAAGCUUCACAAUUGUACUUGUGUUAAUAACAGUCAAAAGCUCUAAUUAAUUUUGUUUUGUGGAAACAGAUAAAUGCUGUUGAUUCA